UAAAGCAUUGCGAAGUCAAAUUGUAUCCACCCACCCUCUCGUACUCGUCGCGUCGUCUCAGCUAUAGACCUCUAGUUCUUCGUUUAUUAUCAUAUAUUUUGGCCUUUUGUGCCCAUGUUGACAUUUUGAAACUUGCCUAAAAUCUUUUAAAUCUCAGUAUGUCUGGAACUAAUUACCAAGCAUUUCACAAUGAGGGAGACUCACAACAGACGGAUGGCUUGAGUGUGCAGGUUGCUGGUACUGUACCCCCUGUCGGCUUCUCUGGUCAACAACAGGCACCUCGUCCGCCCAAUCAUGGCCAGUACCAAACUCCAGUUCCGGUAGGCGGGGCAGCAGGAGUCUACCACCAGCAACCCGGGGUUCCAGUCCAGGGGAAGGCCGAGAUGAUGCCCAUGCCCACAGGGAUACCUGGCUGCCCUCCUGGACUGGAAUACCUUGCCCAUCUGGACCAACUUCUCGUACAUCAACAGAUAGAGCUCGCUGAAAUCUUUCUCAAUGUGGAAUUCGAGAACAAGUACGUCGUAAAGAACAGCCUUGGUCAGCAAGUUUAUUUCGCCAGUGAAGAAUCCGAGUGUUGCGAGCGGGUCUGGUGCGGUCAUCAGAGGGGGUUCUUAUUCCACAUCACAGACAACAUGGGACAGGAGGUGCUGCGGGUUACCCGUCAAUUCAAGUGUUGUGCAGGAUGCAGUUGGUGUGCAGACAACGACCACUGCUCUUUGUUCGUAGCCGUUGAAAGUCCUCCUGGCACUGUGAUUGGUUACGUCAAACAAACGCAGAGCUGGGUGAGCCCACGCUUCGAUGUCCUCACAGCUGACCAGGAGUGCGCGCUGAAGAUCCAAGGUCACUGGUGUCAUUGUCAAACUGUUUGCUGUACUGAGGAUAUCGAAUUCAAGAUAUUCACGAAUGAUCUUCAGACUGAAGUAGGAAAGGUUUCCAAGCAGUGGGGCGGAUGGGUGAGGGAGUCUUUCACCAAGGCAGACAACUUUGGUGUCCAGUUUCCACAAGAUAUGGAUGUGAAAGUGAAGGCGACACUUCUUGCAAGCACUUUCCUGAUAGAUUUCAUGUAUUUCGAACACAGGAAGAAGAACAAGCAGUAUUAAGGACCCAUCGAUAUGAGAUACAGCGCACCCUGGAUAAACGUCAUGAUGUAUCUUGCAGAGCUGCCAACCAUUCCGUUUUUGCCGGAAUUACUCCGUUUUUUCCUCCAAAUUACGGUA